AUGUCAUCAUCGGAGGUCCCCUGCCCCGCAUGCAAAUGGACCCCAGAUCAGCAAAGACGCUGCGCCUACGAGAGUAGCGUGCGCCUCUUCCACGGAGCGAGCAGUCGGGGCUACUGGGCCCUCGGCUCAAAGUUUCUUCUCAAGGAGCGCGAGAAAGACCCCCCUAGCCAUGAGGUCAUCAACACCCACUUUAUCAAAGACAAUACCACCAUCCCCGUUCACAAUACCCUACAGGAGUGGACCGAGGGCAAGAAGUAUUUCCAGAUCGUCGAGCGGGUGCCUGGAGUACCGUUAGAGGAUAUCUGGUCGUCAAUCCCACAACCCGACCGGGAAAGACUCGCUCGUCAGACUGCGGAGUAUUUGGGGCAGCUCCGCUCGCUCCACUCCGAUAAGAUGGAGUGUCUCCAUGGCCAACCGGUUCAUUGUGCUCAUCUGUUUAUGGGUGAAGAUUAUGGGGUUAUGCAUGGCCCACUAAACACAGUCGAGGAGCUGUGGGAGGCUUUGGCGAUAUCGUUGAGUGACAAAGUACCGGAAGUCGUUAGAUCGCGGCUCCGUAACACCAUGCCUUCUCCUCACCCGUGGACCUUUACCCACGGCGACUUGACCAACUGCAACAUUAUUGUGGACCCAGCCAGCUUCGAAUUGAACGCUCUGAUUGACUGGGAGCGCUCGGGGUAUUUCCCUGUGUGGUGGGAGUUUACAGGGGCUGGAUUUGGGUUCGGCGAGGGAGACUUAGAGUGGAAGCGUUUGCUACUGGAAAAUUUGACGAAUUAUAAGGAGGCUUAUACAUGGUUCCGAAAUUUUAGGUCGUUCGGGUCACGCUUGAGUGACUCAGAGACGCGAUUGAAGUUUUUGAAGGAAUGUGGUAUCGAAGAAGAUAUAAAUAUCUAG